AUGCUGCGCCAGCCGCUGACUCGGGCGCUUGCGCUAUCUCCCAGCCGAGUAGCGCCCUUGGCUGCCCGUAAAUUUGCCGCACAAGCCGAUAAAGUUGAAGUGUUCAUAGAUGACAAGCCAGUGUAUGUACCACCAGGAACAACUGUUUUGCAGGCAGCAGCAGAAAUUGGUGUUGAAAUUCCUCGAUUCUGUUACCAUGAAAGACUCGCAGUUGCCGGAAACUGCAGGAUGUGUCUGGUUGAAGUAGAAAAGUCCCCAAAACCGGUUGCUGCAUGUGCUAUGCCAGUCAUGAAAGGUAUGAGAGUUAAAACCAACUCGGACUUGACAAGGAAGGCUAGGGAGGGUGUAAUGGAAUUCCUACUCGUAAAUCAUCCAUUGGAUUGUCCAAUAUGUGACCAGGGAGGUGAAUGUGACUUGCAGGAUCAGUCCAUGGCAUUUGGAUCAGAUAAAAGCAGAUUUACUGAUAUACAUUUCUCAGGAAAAAGGGCCGUUGAAGACAAGGAUGUUGGUCCAUUGAUAAAAACGAUCAUGACUAGAUGUAUACACUGCACUAGGUGUAUCAGAUUUGCUUCGGAAGUAGCUGGUGUUGAUGACUUUGGAACAACUGGUAGAGGAACUGAUAUGCAGGUCGGUACAUAUGUUGAGAAAAUGUUCCUCUCAGAAUUGUCUGGGAACAUCAUUGAUCUGUGUCCAGUUGGAGCCCUAACAUCCAAGCCAUAUAGCUUUGCGGCACGUCCUUGGGAAACUAGAAGGAUUGACUCCGUCGAUGUAUUGGAUCCUUUGGGAAGCAAUAUCGUUGUUGCAACGAGAACAAAUGAAGUUCUUCGUAUUUUGCCAAGAACUAAUGAGGAGAUCAACGAAGAAUGGUUGUCAGAUAAGUCUCGGUUCGCAUGUGACGGUUUGAAACGCCAGCGUCUUGUGACACCUAUGAUAGCUGACAGUCGCGGUAACCUGACACCCGUUGAAUGGGAGGAGGCAAUUGUAGCAGCCGCUACAGCUUUGAGAGACUGCCCUCCCGACAAGUUAUUAGUGGUGGGUGGAGAUUUAGCGGAUGCAGAGUCUUUGGUAGCUCUGAAAGACCUCGCCAACCGACUGGGCUCUGAAGCUGUAUGCACGGAACACUACUUCCCGCUAGAUGGCGCUGGAACUGAUCUACGUUCGAGUUACCUCCUCAACACUAAGAUUGCGAAUGUUGAAGAUGCGGACUUUGUCCUUCUGAUCGGUACGAACGUACGUUUCGAGGCUCCCCUAUUAAAUGCUCGCAUCCGCAAGGCAUUCAUCCACAAGGAGACGGAUGUAGCUCUCAUCGGACCCAAAGUCGAUCUAACAUAUGAAUAUACUCAUGUUGGAGAUUCAGCAUCUAUAGUGAAGGAUCUGGCAACGGGUACUUCAUCUCAUGAGGUCCUUAAGAGGCUAGAGAAUUCCAAGCGUCCAGUCGUGAUACUAGGAGCUGAUCAACUAAAGACCUCUGAAGGUCCGGCCCUAUUGGCAUACACUCAAGAACUGGCUCUUAGUCUACAAGAUAAGCUUGAGAAUAAAGAAUGGAAGGUGUUAAAUGUACUUCAGCGUACAGCGUCGCAGGUCGCUGCUAUGGACCUGGGCUAUAAGCCAGGUGUAGGUGAGAUGUUACAGAAGGGCCCUAAGGUAGUGUUCAUGUUGGGAGCGGACGCGGGCGUCAUCACACGGGAGAAUCUACCUAAGGAUUGUGUUGUUAUCUAUCAAGGUCAUCACGGCGACGCCGGGGCUUCAAUCGCUGACAUAGUGUUGGCGGGCGCCGCUUACACCGAAAAGAAUGGAACGUACGUGAACGCCGAGGGACGAGCGCAGCAGACACUGCCGGCCGUCACACCGCCGGGGAAGGCUCGAGAGGAUUGGAAGAUCAUUCGCGCCCUAUCGGAGGUAGUAGGAGCUCGUUUGCCUUACGAUAACUUAGAGGAAGUCCGCGCCCGCCUCGCCGAAGUUUGCCCGUCAAUGGUAUCGUAUGGAGACGUGCAGAAUAAUAACUACUUCGCACAGGCCAGGGCGCUCGCACAGAGCCUUCAGAAGCCGGUUUCCGGUACUUUGGACGUGCAACUGAAACAGUUAGAAGAUUUCUUCAUGACUGAUUCAAUCAGCCGCGCGUCUCCUACUAUGGCGAAGUGCGUUCAGGCCGUCAUCAAACAAAAACAAUCACCAUACUAG